ACGGCAUCAAGAGCUAAGGUUGUGCAGCGAUGUCUUCAUGGUUGGCUGCGUUGUGUCUCCUGCUUCUUCACACUGGAGCUUUUGGUUUUGGUAUAUUCAGCGGAAAAUCUCUGAAUCAUCAGGAGAUCACUGAGAGAGCGAUCUUGAAUGUCACCGUGCAGGCGUGCCGUGCCGUCGCCAUGGCUGAGGGAAAAGACUUUACCUUUCCUCCACAGCCUUUUACUGCAGCGUCUGUAGUUGCCGCCUGUCAAGCCCCCAAAUCAUCCAAGACGUUCCUCCAAACCAUCCAGUUGAUCCAGAAAACGAAUCAGCGCACAGACUUUCGUUUUUUCUUCAGCCCAGCGAAUCACUUUGACAAUGAGAAGUUUUCAGAGGGAAGGAAAAUCAUCACAGAAGGACUCUCAGCUGUGAAGACCGCCAACAAGCGAGAGAACUUUGAGGUGGCGAGAGAAAUACUGGGGGGAAUCUUACAUACUUUGCAGGAUUUCUACAGUCACAGUAACUGGGUGGAAAUGGGCAACAAACUCCCAAACUCCAACCUGAUCAGACAAGACACCAGCAUCGGUACCGUAGCAGAUGAGAGCAGAGCAACCUGUCGCAGCUGUGAUAGAGACGACUGCAGCAACAACAUUUUGGAGGAUGUCCUGCGGGACAAGAUACUGAUCUCAGGGUAUUUUGAGCUUCUGGGUACCAAACCAAAAGGAAAAUGCAGUCAUGGAGGAAUACUUGAUUCAACAAGCAUCAUCGAGCCUACAGGUGGGAUCAACAAAGAUGGUUUGGACGCCAAGCAUGGAUAUCUCCACACCGACGCUGCAAAUUUGGCGAUAGCUGCGACCAGUGAGCUGCUAGAGGACGUUCGAGGGGCUGCUGGUGACAAACCAUUCCUACAGAUGAUGGGAAUCUCCAAAGGAUCCAGUAAGGCUCUUUGUUUCGUGAUCGACACAACAGGAAGCAUGGGUGACGACAUCGCAGCAGUGAGGAACGUCACGGCCUCUAUAAUCAACGAUAAAGUGGGAACAGAAGAUGAACCCUCACUUUACAUUCUUGUGCCUUUCAAUGAUCCAGCGUUUGGGCCGUUGACGAGGACUAAAGACCCAAACGCCUUCAAGGAGUCCAUUAACUCACUAACAGCAACCGGUGGAGGAGAUGCUCCAGAAAUGAGUCUUUCAGGGCUUCAGUUGGCUUUAACUGGUGCUCCUCCUGGUUCUGAGAUCUUCCUCUUCACGGAUGCAGCAGCUAAAGACGCUUACCUGAAAAGCACAGUGACUGCACUCAUAGAACGGACCAAGACAGUGGUGAACUUCAUGAUUACGAACGUACUGGGUCGCCGCCGAAGAGAGAGUGGUAACAGCCAGCAACAGCUACUCGCUCGGGUGGGGACAUCAGAUGCCGAGCUGUACAGACAGCUGGCUCACACUUCAGGGGGUCAGGCUAUUGAGGUCACCAAGAGUGAGCUCCCAGUGGCCACCAGCAUCAUAGCAGAGUCCUCUGGCUCCUCUUUGGUGACCCUUCUGCAGGCAGCUCGGAGUCCAGGAAAGGCCGAAAAUUUCACAUUCGCAGUUGACGAGUCAGCAAAAAAGCUCACAAUUUACAUCACUGGGAGCUCGGUUGCCUUUACUCUCAUCAGUCCCUCAGGCGUGUCUCAGGAAAGCACCAACACGACAGGACCAUUGACCACUGCGUUCCUGUCAGUGGGAAACUUCAAGACCCUGCAGCUAAAAAUACAAGCGGGACUGUGGGAAAUUAGAAUGGUGUCAACGAAUCCCUACACUCUGAAGGUCGUAGCUGAGAGUACCGUUGACUUCCUGUUUGAGUUUUUGGAACCUUCUCAGAGCCCGCUCGGAGGUUUUGAUGCUGUAGACAAUCGUCCAAAAGCCGGUGUUAACGGCAGUCUGAUGGUGACGUUGACCGGGACUGACUCGGCCACAGUGACGGAGGUGGUUCUGGUUCAAUCAUCGGGGUCAGGACAGGUCAAUGGCACGGUGGAGGCUCAGGGUGGAGGAAACUUCUUAGCUCGGUUUGACAUGAUACCAUCAGAGGAGUUUGUGGUUCUUGUGAAGGGGCAGACGAGCAGUGGUUCCUCCAAAUCGUCCUCAAUGAUCUUCCAAAGGCAGUCAAACACCAACGUCAGAGCAUCUACUCUGACUGUUACUCCUGUCAUUUCAGAUAGAGUCUUAGUACCAGGAAUGCCACUUUCAGUUGUCUUCUCUUUGACGACCAGCGGAGCAGGAGGAAACUUCAACAUCCAAGCUACCAACGACCAGAGUUUUGCUUUAACUUUUCCACCCAGUUUGUCUGUGGGAGCUUCGGGCAGUGCUAACGGUACGCUGAACAUCACAGCACCUGUCAACACGUCAUCUGGUACCGAUGUCACUCUGACCGUUCAGGCCGAGGCUCCAGGAGGCACAGACACCAACUACUUUGUUCAGCGUUUCACCGUCCUUACACCAGUGACUGAUAUCACUAAGCCAGUGUGUCAGCUGCUCAGUCUGCAGUCCAACUGCUCUGCACCCUGCAGCUUGUUUAUGUGGGAGCUGUCUGUUCAGGUGACUGACGGUGCCAAUGGGACGGGUGUCGACAGUGUUAGCCUCAAACAAGGCAACGGGACCUUGAACGCCACCCUGGGCGCUGGCAACAACAUUACGCUCGUGUCCUACAAUGCGUCCUGCUGUUCGCCUGAUGUGGAGCUGUGGGUUGUGGAUCAGGUAGGUAACGUAGCCUCCUGUUCCUACGCCGCCCGGACUACGUCCGCCAGUACCCAGCAGCCUCCGACGACAGCAACUGAGUCUUCGUCUACCAAAACUGUUCAGUCUUUUCUGCUCUGCCUCAUCAUAACGAUCCUCGGGCUCAAUUUCUCAUUUGACAUUCAGAUCAACUGAGUAUUGACGUGCUAGUGUGGUGAAGAAGUACAUUUUAAAAAGCUCUCUGGGCUAAUGCAGGCUACAAAAUCUGUGCAAUAAAUCCUCUGAAUUAGUUUCCUGGAGCAGGAUGACAUUGUGAGCUUUAUGUUAAUUUAGGAGCCUGUAGUUCGUUGUGUUGCUGAAAUGCAUUGUGUUAUACUGAUACUUAUGUCUGAUAUUUGGUCUGUCUUCGUGGGUAUAUAUAGAUUUAAGGGUAAAACUAAUAACCUAGCAACUGAGUGCAUGUAGAAGCGGGUGAUUAAUACCAGUGUAAAACCACAGUUAAAAUCUUUAAGUGUGCUUAUAAUUUUAUAUUUUGAUUAUUAAUGCUGAUAUUAUGGUGUGGAAUGGUAUCGUUGAUUAAAUGAUGACAUUUAUUUGAUCAUUUAAUAUAAGAUACACAUCUGAGGCUUACCUCUUGCACAUAUGAUUAAAAAACCAAGGAUUACA